CAGACAGCUCCUCCUCGGUGGGUCAACAUGAACUCUCUGACUUUGCUCUGCAUUGUGGCUGCGGUGUGUUGCAGCAGUGGGCAGCUCCUACAAUACCCUGGUGUGUAUGGCAACUAUCCUAGUGUGUAUAGCAGCUAUCCUAGAGUGCACAGCACAUACCCUGGUGUCUAUAGUGCUUACCGUCGUGUAUAUAGUCCCAGCACUAGUCUAUAUGGCGCUUACCCUGGUGUCUAUAGCAUUUACCCUGGUGUCUAUGCAUCCUACCCUGGCCUUCUACCUACAAGAAUCACAAUCCACCUUCACAAGACUGUGGCUUCUCACCAGUCUCUGUAAAGUCCGUGGCUUCACCUGUUUCCGUAAAGUCUGUGGCCUCACCUGUCUCCAUAGAAUCUGUAGCUUCACCUCUCACUCUCAGAACUGUGGCUUCCCCACCUCUCACACUCAGAACUGUGGCUUCCCCACCUCUCACACUCAGAACUGUGGCUUCCCCACCUCUCACUCUAAGAACUUUGGCUUCCCCACCUCUCACUCUCAAGACUGUGGCUCCCUCACCUCUCACUCUCAAGACUGUGGCUUCCCCACCUCUCACUCUCAGACUGUGGCUCCCUCGCCUCUCACUCUCGAGACUGUGGCUUCCCCACCUCUCACUCUCAAGACUGUGGCUCCCUCACCUCUCACUCUCAAGACUGUGGCUUCUCCACCUCUCACUCUCAAGACUGUGGCUCCAGCACCGUUGACGUACAACGUGGCUCCUCUAGCCCAUGUAACCAGUGUCAAGUCCCAGUACCACGCCCAAGACGAACUGGGUCAGUAUGCCUUCGGCUACUCUGGUGGUCCUUCUUCCCGGGCUGAGACUCGUGACGUCUUCGGCAUCGUCCGCGGAUCAUACAACUACAUAGACUCCGAUGGCAAGAUACAGGCUCGGCACUACGUGGCAGACGCCAACGGUUUCCGAGUGGCCGGCACCAAUAUUCCUGUUGCACCUGAAAUCCCUGUUCAGGCAAUUGUCCCAGGUCCUGAGAAUACCGCCGAGAUCGUUAAUGCUGAGGUUGCCUUUAAGAUGCCUUACAAAGAGGUACAGUUGGUGCCGCUGACGUCCCUGAUACCCUCGAGUAAUAUUCAGCCUUGUUCGUUUCAAGUACUGGCGCAUACUCUUCAAUCCACUUCCUUGAAUUCCUCUCACACAUGUGACCAACCUGGUCGCACCACCGCCGCUGUAACCGACUACACUGCUACCCACGCCCUUGGGUAUGCCGCGUCUGCCCCUGUUGCUGCUGACCUCUGCAACCAGCAUGUCCUCCUCCGGCUUGAGACCAACCCUGUUCAUGCUAUUUCUUAAUGCAUGGAUUAAGUGCAGCUGAGCAGUCGCGCUCACACUCUUCACAGGUGAGGUCUGAGCGUCGUAGAGCACCUACCAAAGAGAGAAUGAAGCUUACGUAGAUGUUCAGAUAAGUUGAAACAUUAGUAACUCAGCGAAGACAGGUUUAUUACCGCCGCAGCAUCAAAACCUUUAUGCUGUGUUCAAAACCUUCACAUGCAAAUAUUGCCUGUGUUGGCUUAGAGCUUAUUUUCUGCAGCU